AUGGCGACAGGGUUGCUCAGACGGGCAAUAACUAGGGUUCCGGCUUCGGUGCCGGCGGCGAGGGUAAUCCUAAAUCGGAUCCACUCGUCGGAGGCCAAGGCCCAAUUAGUGGAGCCUAGUUCAAAGUCCACCAGCUACAUCAAGACCUUCCAAAUCUACAGAUGGAACCCGGACAGUCCUCAGAAGCCGGAGCUGCAAAACUACGAGGUUGACCUCAAGGAGUGUGGCCCAAUGGUCUUGGAUGCCCUAAUCAAGAUCAAGAAUGAGGUCGAUCCUACAUUGACAUUCCGGCGAUCUUGCCGUGAGGGAAUCUGCGGUUCGUGCGCUAUGAACAUCGACGGCCGGAAUGGGCUAGCCUGUUUGACCAAGAUCCCAUCUGGUGGGGCAUCUAUGAUUACUCCCCUGCCCCAUAUGUUUGUGAUCAAGGAUCUUGUCGUGGAUAUGACUAAUUUUUAUAACCAAUAUAAGUCUAUUGAGCCGUGGCUGAAGAGGAAAAACCCGCCAGAAAAUGCCGGGAAAGAGAUUCUGCAGAGUAAGGAGGAUAGAAAGAAACUCGAUGGGAUGUACGAGUGCAUUUUGUGCGCCUGCUGUAGCACAUCCUGCCCCAGCUACUGGUGGAAUCCUGAGUCUUAUCUCGGCCCUGCUGCCCUACUGCAUGCCAAUCGAUGGAUAAUGGAUAGCCGUGAUGAAUACACCAAGGAGCGCCUUGAGGCAGUAAAUGAUGAGUUCAAGUUAUAUCGGUGCCAUACCAUUUUGAAUUGUGCUAAAGCUUGCCCAAAGGGACUGAAUCCUGGAAUGCAAAUCCAGAACAUCAAGAAACUUGAGCUCACUAGUUUUUAA